CAUCAGCUAGCAGGACAAUAUGUUUCAUGAGUUCAGUGACUUCGUUCAGCAGUCUGCCACACAAGGCUCAAACCCCACAAAAAAUACCCGCUCUCAGCCAAAAGUUAAUCGGUCUUGCGUGGAGUGUCGCCGAAGGAAGAUUCGCUGUGAUGGUGGGCUUCCAUGUGGGAACUGUAAGUGGUACAGAGUAGAAGGACGGUGCGAAUUCCCGCACCGCUCAAAGAGACAUACUGUUUCUGUCAAGUCAGCUGAAGAGUUAACCCGGACUGUGAACCAUCAGCGGAUUAUCUUGCAGAAGCUCUUCCCUUCUUGUUCCUUAGACACCCUCAUAUGUCUAUCUCGAGAAGAACUAUUGCAAGUCAUCGUAGCCAAAGGACCGACACGGGAUGUCGCCGCCACUACUGAGCUAAAUACCACAGUGAUCAGGGAGAGCGACCACAGCGAUGAGGAUCGGCAGCUUGAGGAGAAUCGGAAGCUGUCUAAGGGAACAUCGAAUGUCUACGAUGAUGUCAAUGGCUUGUCACUCUCAUUCGAUCGACAGCAGACUAGUUUAGGGAUAUCAUCAGUCAGGUUUAUCCUACGCCUCAUCGUUGAGCGAUGGCCCACCGUGAGAACGAAAUUAUAUCAGAAGAGAUGUCGUUUGGAAUUUCAGCACCAAUCAUAUCCGCAUCCGCGAGGACCUCGCGAAACCAUUGGGUCAGCGCCGGUUAGCAUGAUAAAUGAGCUAGCCUGCAUAGAUGCGUAUUUCAAAACUGCCAAUUCCAUUACCCCAAUGAUCAAUGAGACACAGUUCCGCAGAGAAUACAGCAGUGGGGUUCGGAAAGAUGCUGGUUGGCUUGCUCUCCGUAGCAUGGUACUCGUGGUGGGAUCAAUCGCUGCUAGCGAGGAAGGAAGCCAACGUAGUCAUGCACUUUAUGCGUCUGUACGACAGCAUAUCGGGCUUGAGAGUUUUGGAUCCGCUUCUAUUGAGGGUCUACAAGCUCUGUGUCUUUUGGGAGGGUACUAUCUACACUAUCGAAAUACGCCAAAUAUGGCCAGUGCCGUUCUAGGCGCCGCAUUUCGAAUGGCAACCGCGCUUGGUCUUCAUAAGGAGCCCAUAGAGCUAAAAGUUCUUGAAGAGAGCUUGGAAAGCCAUUUUGCAAGCAGAGAAGUCCGACGGCGCACGUGGUGGAGUCUCUUUUGUCUGGAUACCUGGGCAUCCAUGACACUCGGACGGCCAACAUUUGGCAGAUGGGAUCCAGAUACGAUGGAUGUAUCGCCUCCGAAAUAUGGCAAGAGUCAAAGCCAUCGAGAUAUCAUCAUCACCGCAUUCAGAGCGAAUGUGGAGUUUUGCAAAUUGGCCACUGAAAUCCAAAAACGACUGGCCCAAUCAGAUCCACCUACGACUGGUGAAAUCAAUAAAUUUGACACUGCUCUCAGAGGCUGGCACGAAGAGGCUCUAACGGCAAUCUCGCAUGAAAACUGCCCAGAUGAUUUUAUUGUCGUCAGAGACUACAUGCGGAAUCGGUAUAUGAACGUUCGAAUUCUUUUACUCCGGACUGUACUUCUACGACAUGUACAAGAUAAGACGCAAUUCGAAGAUUUGACAGGAGAUGAUAGAGAAGCUAUCGUCAAUUGUCAAAGACUUAGCCUCGAGGCUAUUCGGAACAUUGUUUGCUCUAUGCGACCCGACUCAUUUUGGGUAUGGGGCAGUACCUGGUAUCUCUACCAAUCCUGCCUUGUCCCGUUGAUGAUGUUACUUGCCUUUCCAUGUAAACCGGAACUAGCGUCAUGUCACUCCGAAAUUGAACAGGCUCUUGCAGCUUUCAAGUCAUUUAUACCCUGGAAUGCAGCUGCUAGACGAUCGCAUGAUGUGGUUGAAAGCAUUUACGAAGCCAGCGAGAAUGUAACAAGACUCGAGGUGAGUAGGGGGACUCUACCACCGUUUGGGGAGAUGGAUAUGGAAUUUUGGAAUCUCGCCGCAGGAGGCUUUGAAUAUGACUACGAAUGGGAAUCUCUAAUAGACUGGGAGAAGACAUCUACCCCUAAUGUGGAAGAUUGACUAGCUAUAUUCGGCAACCAAUGAUGGAUUUCACAGGCUGUCGUCUCCAAUGUACGUCCAGCAUGGGAUAUCAGAGGAACUGCGGAUUCCACGGACGGCGAUUAUUUGCUUAUAGCCAGGGACUAUGUCGAUCCCGUUAUCUUGCAGCCAAAUACCAUCAGUCUCCUCAAAGACCAAACCCUUGACUGGCUUUCUUGCUGUGAUGGACAGCACAUUCUCUGCAGAAAGAUAUUUGACCUCUAAACCCCUGUCUCGAAAGGAGAGGUACUUGUAGGGCUGUGGCCAAUCCAAGUCUCGACUAAUUAUCUGACCAUCAACACUUAGGGUUGCGGUCAGCACAAAUGCAUCGGUCUCUUUCAAACUCAAAUCACCACUUGCUAUUUCCGUUGUACCGUUGGGAACGAGAACAACCUCGUAAGAUACUUCUGGCUGCACAUCUGCACCCGUUUGGAUUGAUAUGAAGCGUAAGCUUAACAUAGCGCG